CCUGGCCAAGUCCUACAGCACCAGCUCGCCCAUCAACAUCGUCGUGUCCUCGGCCGGCCUGUCCCCGAUCCGCGUGACCUCGCCCCCCACCGUGCAGUCCACCAUCUCGUCCUCGCCCAUCCACCAGCUCAGCUCCUCCAUCGGCACGUACGCCACCCUGUCGCCCACCAAGCGCCUGGUGCACGCGUCCGAGCAGUACAGCAAGCACUCGCAGGAGCUGUAUGCCACGGCCACCCUCCAGAGGCCGGGCAGCCUGGCAGCUGGGUCCCGAGCCUCGUACAGCAGCCAGCAUGGGCACCUGGGCCCGGAGCUGCGGGCCCUGCAGUCCCCAGAACACCACAUAGACCCCAUCUAUGAAGACCGCGUCUAUCAGAAGCCCCCUAUGAGGAGUCUCAGCCAGAGCCAGGGGGACCCUCUGCCGCCAGCACACACUGGCACCUACCGCACGAGCACAGCCCCAUCUUCCCCCGGUGUCGACUCCGUCCCCUUGCAGCGCACAGGCAGCCAGCACGGCCCACAGAACGCCGCCGCAGCCACCUUCCAGAGGGCCAGCUAUGCCGCCGGCCCGGCCUCCAACUACGCCGACCCCUACCGACAGCUGCAGUAUUGUCCCUCUGUUGAGUCUCCGUACAGCAAAUCCGGCCCUGCCCUCCCACCCGAAGGCACCUUGGCCAGGUCCCCAUCCAUUGACAGCAUUCAGAAAGAUCCGAGAGAAUUUGGAUGGAGAGACCCAGAACUGCCUGAAGUGAUCCAGAUGUUGCAGCAUCAGUUUCCUUCCGUCCAGUCGAAUGCGGCAGCCUACUUACAACACCUCUGCUUUGGAGACAAUAAAAUAAAAGCUGAGAUAAGGAGACAAGGAGGCAUCCAGCUCCUGGUGGACCUGUUGGAUCAUCGGAUGACCGAAGUCCACCGUAGUGCCUGUGGAGCUUUGAGAAACUUGGUGUAUGGGAAGGCCAACGAUGAUAACAAAAUUGCCCUGAAAAACUGCGGGGGCAUCCCAGCGCUGGUGAGGUUACUCCGCAAGACCACUGACCUGGAGAUCCGGGAGCUGGUCACAGGAGUCCUUUGGAACCUCUCAUCAUGCGAUGCUCUCAAAAUGCCAAUCAUCCAGGAUGCCCUAGCAGUGUUGACCAAUGCGGUGAUUAUCCCCCACUCGGGCUGGGAAAAUUCACCUCUUCAGGAUGAUCGGAAAAUACAGCUGCAUUCAUCACAGGUGCUGCGCAAUGCCACUGGGUGCCUAAGGAAUGUGAGUUCGGCGGGGGAGGAGGCCCGCAGGAGGAUGCGCGAGUGUGAGGGCCUCACGGACGCCUUGCUGUACGUGAUCCAGGCUGCGCUGGGGAGCAGCGAGAUCGAUAGCAAGACCGUUGAAAACUGUGUGUGCAUUUUAAGGAACCUCUCGUACCGGCUGGCAGCAGAAACGUCUCAGGGACAGCACAUGGGGACAGAUGAGCUGGACGGGCUGCUCUGUGGUGAGGCCAAUGGCAAGGAUGCGGAGAGCUCCGGGUGCUGGGGCAAGAAGAAGAAGAAAAAGAAAUCCCAAGAUCAGUGGGAUGGAGUAGGACCUCUUCCAGACUGUGCUGAACCACCAAAAGGGAUCCAGAUGCUGUGGCACCCAUCAGUAGUCAAACCCUACCUCACACUGCUCUCCGAGUGCUCAAACCCAGACACGCUGGAAGGGGCGGCAGGCGCCCUGCAGAACCUGGCUGCAGGGAGCUGGAAGGGCUGGGCUGAGGAUGGGGCAGGCAUGGCGUAUGCCCUACGUUCACUGCCAGAGGGGGCUCCCUGCCUGCCACAGUGGUCAGUAUACAUCCGAGCUGCUGUCCGGAAAGAGAAAGGCCUGCCCAUCCUAGUGGAACUGCUCCGAAUAGACAACGAUCGUGUGGUGUGCGCGGUGGCCACGGCGCUCCGGAACAUGGCCUUGGACGUCAGAAACAAGGAGCUCAUCGGCAAAUACGCCAUGCGAGACCUAGUCCACAGGCUUCCAGGCGGAAACAACAGCAACAAUGCAGUGAGCAAGGCCAUGUCGGAUGACACCGUGACAGCUGUCUGCUGCACCCUGCACGAAGUGAUCACCAAGAACAUGGAGAACGCCAAGGCCUUACGGGAUGCCGGUGGCAUCGAGAAGUUGGUGGGCAUCUCCAAGAGCAAAGGAGAUAAACACUCUCCAAAAGUGGUCAAGGCCGCAUCUCAGGUCCUAAACAGCAUGUGGCAGUACCGAGAUCUGAGGAGUCUGUACAAAAAGGACGGGUGGUCACAGUAUCACUUUGUAGCCUCGUCUUCAACCAUCGAGAGGGAUCGGCAAAGGCCCUACUCGUCCUCCCGCACGCCCUCCAUCUCGCCCGUGCGCGUGUCUCCCAACAACCGCUCAGCAAGUGCCCCAGCUUCACCUCGGGAAAUGAUCAGCCUCAAAGAAAGGAAAACAGACUAUGAGUCCACCGGCAGCAAUGCCACUUACCACGGAAGUAAAGGCGAACACACUUCCAGGAAAGACGCCAUGUCAGCUCAAAACACUGGAAUUUCAACUUUGUAUAGGAAUUCAUAUGGUGCGCCCGCUGAAGACAUCAAACAUAACCAGGUUUCAGCACAGCCAGUCCCACAGGAGCCCAGCAGAAAAGAUUACGAGUCUUACCAGCCGUUUCAGAAUUCCACAAGAAAUUACGACGAGUCCUUCUUUGAGGACCAGGUCCACCACCGCCCCCCUGCCAGCGAGUACACCAUGCACCUGGGCCUCAAGUCCACUGGCAACUACGUCGACUUCUACUCCGCUGCCCGUCCCUACAGUGAACUGAACUAUGAAACGAGCCACUACCCAGCCUCCCCCGACUCCUGGGUGUGAGGAGCCAGGCCACCAGGCCACCAGGCGCUCUGGGAACAGUGCAUGUGCAUGCAUACCACAAGACAUUUCUUUUUUUUUUUACCCCCCCCUGCAAAUUUAGUUUGUUAAAGCCUGUUCCAUAGGAAGGCUGUGAUAACCAGUUUGAAAAUAUUAAGAGCUAUUUUAGAAAGCUAAACGAAUCGAACGUUAACUUGGAAAUCAAUAGAAAGCUAAAGCAAUCCUAAAUAUGACAGUGUGCGACACCUCUCUAGUUUGAGCUGUAGAAUAUAAAAAGUGCUUUAUACUGAACGUGGCUGAAGGAAGGAGAGAGCAGAUGGUGGGGUGGUGGGGCGUGAAGGUUAUUGUUAAGCACAAGACACAGAAUAGUUUACACACGUUUCGGGGGACGGCUUCUCACGCUUUGUUACUCUCUUCAUCCGUUGUGACUCUAGGCUUCCAGUUGCAUUGGGGUUCCUCUGUACAGCAAGACGUUUCUUGCCUUUUGUUAAUGCAUUGUUGUAAAGUAUUUGAUGUACAUUACAGAUUAAAGAAGAAAAGCGCGUUGUGUAUAUUACACCAAUACCGCCGUGUUUCCUCAUCUCUGGUUCUAAAUAUUGCUUCAAUUUCAAACUUUUGAAAGAUGUAUGGAUUUCCAGUUUUUCUUUUCUUUUCUUUCUCCCAGUAUGUCUUAACAAAAAAAAAAAAAAGAAAGAAAAAGAAAAAAAAACCCACAGGGGGAAAAAAAAGGAAUAUUUAGCAGUAUUGUUCGUUCUGAUAUGUGAAUUUGUUUGUGGCAACUAAGCAAGGCAUUCAGCAGUUUCUGACAAUUAACAUACAUCAUUCCACACUCCUUGUCAACGAAGUGCUUUUUCACUGCCUAAAAUUUUAGAUGUAGAUAUUUGAAAUAGACUUUUUCAUUUAUACCAGUUUUCUUUAUGAUGAUACAGUGUUAAAAGAAAAUAAAUUACGAUUGAUCUGUCAUCCAUAUUUGCUAAGAAUGUCUAUUUCCAAGGACCUAUCUUACAAAAUACACAUUCUUGCUUGUGUGUCUGUGCGUGUGGGUGUGCGUAUGUCCACAUACAUAUAAAAUGGCCUUGUGUGAGAUUUUAUUUUGAUAGAAGCUAUUUCAUUUGCUGUUCAUCUUGUACAAACGUUGUUUUUGGUUUAUAGUGUAAGUGUACAUCGGUUUGUUCCUUUUGUACUGUAUCUAUUCCUCUGACCAUCUAGUGACUCAGGAUAUUAGGCCAGCUGAAGUGAAGUUAUAGGAUUUUCACACGUUCACACAUUUUUGGAUACCAACUCUUUCUAUAGGUCCAUUUCCUCCCCCAUUCUAUGCCCUCAGAACACAAUAAACCAUGGCCAACUCAAUAAUUUCACUUUGGGGCCAGUUACUUGAAGUAUCCACAGACAAUGUAAACUGCUCUUAUUCCCCCAAACAUUUUUGUUCAUGUGUCAGGGAGCAGUAGACAAUUAUGGGUUAGAUUAUUAAAAUGGAACUUGAAGCUAAUGUUAGAAUAGUGGUUAACAGAGCUAAGAAAUAAGACUAACCAUUUAAAAGAACACGGGCUGUGGGUAAAUUAGCUUUGCUCUUUAGAUGCAAGUGACUGAGGCCAAUAGGUGCCUAGUAAAUGUUAACUGUUCUUGGAAAAAAUAAAUAAAUAAAUAAAAGAAA